GUGAAAGGGAGGGGGGAAAAAAUGAAGUCCUCCAGAAACUUUGCAUCUGGAAAGUCCAGAAUGAGUUGUUGAUUUCCCAACAGACGCUGGAGCAGAUUUGGAAGGAACUAUGCAAUGUAGUGGGUUCUUUGUGCAAGAACAGCUAAGAGAAAAGCCACAAGAACAUCCUCCGGGGUGCCCAGAGCACAGACCCUGGGGUAGCUGCUUGUCAGCCUCCUUUCUCAUAGAGGGUGACAUGGAAAGGCAGCCGGCCUGAACCGGGCUCUGAGUCUAGGGCUUCAGACCAAACCUCAGUCUCUGGGUAUAGCAACCUCCCAAGAGGAUCAGCCGUUCUUCAAUGAAGCCUGGAAUGGUCCCCCCUCCGCCCGGAGAGGAAAGCCAGACGGUUGUCCUUCCACCUGGCUGGCAGAGCUACUUGUCCCCUCAGGGCCGGCGUUACUAUGUCAACACGACCACCAAUGAGACCACCUGGGAACGUCCCAGCAGUUCUCCUGGGAUUCCAGCCAGCCCUGGCCCUCACAGGAGCUCUCUGCCUCCAACAGUGAAUGGAUACCACGCAUCAGGGACCCCAGCGCACCCUCCAGAGACUGCCCACAUGAGUCUCCGAAAAUCCACCGGUGAUUCCCAGAACCUGGGAUCCUUGUCACCAGGCAAAAAGCAGAGCAAGGAAAACACCAUCACAAUAAAUUGCGUGACAUUCCCUCACCCAGACACCAUGCCUGAACAGCAACUGCUAAAGCCAACCGAGUGGAGCUACUGUGACUACUUCUGGGCUGAUAAGAAGGAUCCCCAAGGCAAUGGCACGGUGGCUGGGUUCGAACUGCUGCUCCAAAAGCAACUGAAGGGCAAACAAAUGCAGAAAGAAAUGUCUGAAUUUGUCCGAGAGAGGAUAAAGAUUGAAGAGGAAUAUGCAAAGAACUUGGCUAAGCUCUCUCAGAACUCCUUGGCUGCACAGGAGGAAGGCUCCUUGGGAGAAGCCUGGGCCCAGGUGAAGAAGAGUCUGGCAGAUGAAGCAGAGGUUCAUCUCAAGUUCUCCGCCAAGCUUCACAGCGAGGUCGAGAAGCCCCUAAUGAACUUUCGUGAGAACUUCAAGAAAGACAUGAAAAAGUGUGACCACCAUAUCGCUGACCUCCGCAAGCAGCUCGCCAGCCGCUAUGCGUCGGUGGAGAAGGCCCGGAAAGCCCUCACAGAGCGGCAGAGAGACCUGGAGAUGAAGACUCAGCAGCUGGAGAUCAAGCUGAGCAACAAGACAGAGGAGGACAUCAAGAAGGCACGGAGAAAGUCCACACAGGCUGGUGAUGACCUCAUGCGCUGUGUGGACCUCUACAACCAGGCCCAGUCCAAGUGGUUUGAAGAGAUGGUGACCACCACUUUGGAGCUGGAGCGGCUGGAGGUGGAGAGGGUGGAGAUGAUCCGGCAACAUCUGUGUCAGUACACACAGCUGCGGCAUGAGACAGACAUGUUCAACCAAAGCACAGUCGAGCCUGUGGACCAACUGCUUCGAAAAGUGGACCCGGCCAAAGACAGAGAGCUGUGGGUCAGAGAGCACAAAACGGGCAACAUUCGCCCCGUGGACAUGGAGAUCUAGACAUGCCUGUGCGGCCCCGGGGGUCCUGCCCAGGAGAGGGGCUGGGGGUCCCGUGGAGAGGGGGUGGUGGCUCCCGCUCGGUGAAGCUGCCCUCCCACCCACUCUCCUGUCCACUGAGGAGAGAGGAGAGAGCUGGCAAUUCCAGAAGGGUGAUCUGGAUGGCUCAGCUGGGGAAUCCCAAAUAUUCCCAGGCCAAGAAGACAGACCUGCAACCCCGCCCUUGUCUCCAAGACUGAAGCCCCCCCCAAACCCCGUGCCGUGCUUGUUGCUCUGAGAACAAACUGAGGCUGGAACUUUGUGGUCCCUGCUGAGUUCCAUAGGGGUGGCCGUCACAUACUUGUGCCCCAAAGCCCAUCCUUCACCUGGUCCCUCUAUCUCCCGGGGCUUUGGAAGAUCAGGGAAGGGCUGUCUCUGCCUCCAAGCCAAUGUCAGGUUCAGAGUCAUGGAUAGCAGGCGCCGUCAGCUCAGCAUGCACCUAGAAUCCUUUAUGGCCCUCUCUCUAUUUUUCUCAUUGCAUUCUAGGAGCCCAAAUCUGGCUUUUCUUGGCCACUUUUCAUUCCCGUGGGUCUUGGGAAGGCCUGUUUUCUGUCUUCCCUGACCAACCCUGCCCAGAGAGGUCAGGAUGGAACUACCUCAUUCGGCAAAUUAGCCCCAAGUCGGAGCAUUGAAUCACGGUUCCUAUCAGACCAGGCAUCAUCUCUGAAGUCUCUGGAAAUCCCGAUCCCUCCAUUCCUCAGCUGCUUUCUCAAGGCCGUCCCCACCCCCACCCUGCCACCCCUGCCCAAAGUUCUCUGCCAGGGAGACCUCCUUCAGCUGUGUGCAUGUCCAAAAGCUUUGAGAGAUGGAGAUGAGCCAGAAACCUCAUGGGGUCUGUCUCCCAUGGUGUACUGUCCAACGCUGGGCUACCGUGACCCCCGCUUUCCCACGCUGCCCACCAAGGGCUUAAUAGGGCUAGGUCAGUCCCACAUGGGAGACAGGUUAGGGCAAGUCUUUGUCAGACUCCAUCUGCUUAUGCAAGAUAGGGUUUGGACUGCUGUAUGGGCAUUGCAGACUUUCUCCUUGCUAUCCAGGUGUGUCCUGCCACCUGGACCUCCAGCUCCUCCAAACUUUCCAGAGCCCUGCACCAAGCUUUCCCUCUGUCCAUCUUCCCUGGAGGAGCCUGAGCCAAGCUUUUUAGCACUACCCCUGGGUUCAGCCCGCCACUUUCUUUCUCGACUACAGCAAACACCAUCUCCACCAUCUUAGCCUAGAGAAUCAGCCUGAGGGGGGCUGGGAGAAAAUAUUGACACAGUGAGCAAGGAACAGCUUCUAGCCAGAAACCCCUGCCCUGAGAGCCCACCUUUCUUCAUCUUUCCCAUGGAUGGCUUUCGGCUUAACCCUUCCGUCUCCCAUGGGGGCAGAAUCCUAAGAGCCCAAUUCACGGAUCUUUCCCUCCGUUUUACAUUGCUAAUAAUGGAUGUUAAUCUUGAAUCCUUCAGCAUCUCUUCCAUUGAAUUAGAAUGGCUUUCUCAUAGUUUAUUUUAGAAAGAUGUUCAAUAUACUAAAGCAAACCAGAUCUUGUCACUUUUUUUUUUUAACUAAAACAUCCCAAGCACAAAAGCCAACGUGAAGGUGUUCACCAUCAUGGAGGGGGCAGGAUCUGUCCAGCAUAAGAUGGAAAACCACUCCUUUUGCAUUGGGGCUUGGACCAUGACACCAGCUACCAAUUUUAGGAUAUUUCUUGGCUUCUCGCUCUAAAAAAAAUGGGUGCUAGUGGUCAUUGCUGUGUGGCUUAGUAAACUAGAGAUGAUUUUCGAACAUCAAAGCCAACAGCCUGAUAAUUAACAGAUCUUUUGGAUGCAGUGGGGCUCCUUGGCUUUGUCCUCUUAUUCUCUCAUUUGGGGGUCCCCAAGUCCUCUGUUUGUUCCUGCCGUGGAAUGAGCUCUCUUGCUCCUUCAGGGUAACGUGAGUUGGCCAAGCCUGGGCCAGUCCAUUUUUUUGAGGUCUUUCUUUCCCCUUGACCACCUCCUCUUUAGCCUCUUCACAUACACCUCUUGUGCCCUCGGAUGUCCAUUCAUCAAACAUUUAGUAAAAGCCAAGCAACGUGCGGAGAUCUGAGGACAAAAUGCUGCUCAGUCAUCAGGGAAGCCCAUGAAUCUGUUUUAUAUAGGCGUAUCUUUUCCCUAGGCCCCUGGCCUUCAGUAACCUUGACAUUCACAUAGAAGUACUCUGUUGAGCUGACGUUCACUCUGUUUUUUAGCAGAUGCUUAGAACAAGCCCAACGUGCCAAGGAAUGAAACAAAUUGUGUGGAAGGUGGACACUGUCUCCUCUCCUCUGUGUAGACAGAUGUUUAGACCUACCUGGAGAGGAAGAACCUGGCACUUGGGCCACAUCUACGUGGAAGGUGGACAGCAACACUAUCUUGACCACCUGGUGGCCAGACCCUCAUAGCCUCUCUGUUUUAUUGGUUUUUAGUGACUCAUUGCUCUGCAAAUAGAGAAAAGUGAAGCCAGGGACACCAUGAGCCGACACAGAAUUAAGAACAGGGCUGGUGUCAGUCCAGGCCCAAUGUCCCAAUUGAAAAGGGACCCCUCCCCCGCACUGCGAGUAAAAUCAGGAUCAGGACGAAGUCUAGAGAAUCUAAAAGUGCAUUUGGAGUCACAAGCACACCAUCUGGGUUGUCUUUGUUUUGCCAUGAGGGGGAUCAGCAUCCUCUGCCAUUGAGCCACAUCCCCGGGCUUUGGUCUUACUUGGGCAUAAGUCUUGGUACUUGAGGUUGUGGGAGGAUUUGGCUGCUUUAUUCGGAGUGGGUUUCUGAGAACAGAUCAGUUCUCUCCCCCCCCCCCCGCGCCACCAUUGGGAGAUUGAAGCACUUAAGUUUGCUCUGUGAAAUCCUGGUUGAAAAAAAAUAUAUAUUUCUAAGAUGAAUAGGUAUUCAAAGUGAAUCCGUUGCCAUGACAACCUCCAGGAAGAGCCACUUGUUUCCCCUUCAUUUUUUUCUUUUUUUUUUUUUUUUCCUAGUGCUUUUGAGUAGUUCUGCAAUGCACAGGCUAUUUGGACCAGGUGGAGGGUGGCCCCAGGCUCUGUCAAUGGAACUACCCUGGGCCUCCUCUCAGUGUCACUUGUCAGGGCUGAUUAAUGAUUGAGGCAGACAGACCCUGUACAAAUUCAUGGCCAGGAUUUUGUUUUUAUUCCCUUUGGUGGUGGUGGGGGGAGAACAGUCAAAUUACUAGAUCAGUGGACGGGUGCAUAAAGAUCUUGGCUGAGCCAAAGUCCCUUCUUGGAAAUAUAAGCCAUAAAAUUCAAAGGUUAUCAAAGAGCUUCACACCUUCACUUCUUUAGGUGAUUUUGUUUCCAGCUGUGAAGUAGCCUUGGCAAGGAGAAUUUGGCACAGGAGUCGAGAGACCUGCUUGUUAUUACGUAGGUAGUGGGGACCAGAUCAGCAACCAGCUGGCUGAGCCUGCUACCACCGAAUGCCCAUAGUCUUUCCCACCUCCACCAAAGCUCGGUGCCACCUCCUUUUUCCAGGAAAAUUGAGCUAUAAUUGACAGAGCAAAAUUCACUUUUUUUUUUUUUAAGUAUACAGUUCUGAGAAUUUUUUGACCAAAUAACAGUCUUGUACCCAGCGCCCGCAAUCAACAUAACAUUAGCAUCCCUCCUGAAAGUCCUACAUAUCCCAUUGGGGUCCACUCCUUCCUCCCACCCCUGACCCAACAAACCCUGAUGGAUGUUCAGACCCUAUUAUUUUGCCUUUUUCUGAAAGGAAGUAGGAUCACAUGGAUGUAGGUUUGGAAUCGCCCAUGUGUGCCUGUGUCUCAGGAGCGUGUCCCUUUGCCAAGUCUACCGUGUCCCCUGCCCGGGUGUCCCACACUGUUUCCUGGAAGUUUGAGAUCCAAGAGCUUCACCUUGUUUGGAUCACUGCUUCCCAGGGCUCCCCAAGUCUCCUCCAAUGUUGGCUCCACCUAUGAGUUACCCACACACUGACCUUUCUGGUUCAUAUUUGGUUUCUACCAGUGCAGGAAGCAGCCAGGAAUUGGAGGGGAAGUGGCAGGCAGGGUCGGUCAGAAUCACCUCCCACCUCUGCUGCAUCUCAGAUGAAAGAUGUGCUCCCUCCUGGUACCCUCGCUUCAGUUCCGUGGGGGGGUCCCUGCAUUUAUUGAACAUUGAGGCUUCGAGAGGCAAAUGGAAAGAACAGAGCUGAAGGGCCAGGACUGGCCCCAGGGCACAUCAGGACCUUUCCCUGGAUCUGUUGUCCCACCUGCCAGUGAGCGUACUUGUUUUCGAUGGUCUCUCGGCUGCUGUGUGCCCUCCCCUUCCCUUCUUGUUUCUUGUUCCAUGCCCUAUAAACAUGGUCAUGCCUAAUCCCAGUGUCACCUGCACAGUUGUGCAGAGAGCUGCCUAAAUUCACAAGGGGACACUUCCCCAUUUAGACUCCAGUGCAGCAAAGAGUUUCAUGAGCUAAGAAUGGAGUGGUUCCUCCUAAGACUACCCGAACCCCCAAAGAAAGUAUUAAGUGGCUACUUUCGGGGUCUGUCCCUAGGAGCCAAGACAGUCAUGAAGACAGAGUCACCUCUGUCAAGCCCUUGCUGUUGCUGACGUCUUGCUCAGCUGGAGGUCAUAUUGAGCCUGCCCUGUGCCUUUGUCCCCAUAGGCGGUGGCAGAGAUAGGACCAGGCGUGGCCAUGGCCAGGCGGUUGGUGACCACACCUCUAAGCAAAGCCUUGGUCACGGGCUGCUCAGUGAAAGGUGAGCCCUAGAGGGCAACUGGGAACCUCUCCAUCUGAAUUGGGGACAGUGUGGGAUUCAAGCCAGAUGAAGGUCAAGGCUGAGAAAGCAGAACUCAGGGUCCCAAGGUGGGAGCCAAGGCUGCUGAGACCCUCCAGGGUUGGGUUCUGGGUGGAAGGACUCUCCAUACCUCCCACCCAGGAGCUGUGGGUUUCCUAAAGGGGAGGGACCCACUCCAGGUGCUCCAGGUCAGGGUGGGUCUAGGAGAGGGCAAAGACCAAUGGAGGCUGGGCAUGGCUCUGGAGGACCUAGGUCGGACGGUGUCUUGGGGUGGGGGUGAUGACCUUUGGACUCCCUUGGUGGUGCUCGGGGACAUUCGUACAUGAUACAUACAAUUCCUGUAGGUUUUCAGGGGGAUUUCUAGUGGAUUGCAGUGGUAGAAGGUAAAUGGUCAGGACCAAUAGGCUCUCUCAUGGGGACAGUAUGACACGGGGACCGAGAACGAAAGCCUACAGUACUAGAGGAAGAGUCAGGGCUAGCCCUGCCCUGCAACCUCCUUUAUCCUGUAGUCUAUUCACACACCCCCAUCUGGACCUCUGUGUACUCAUUUGUCAAUGCGGCUCCCACUGCAGAGGGGCGCUCUGGAGUAGCGGAUCUCACUCAGCCACGGGGGACCCAGAGACGGACAUUCCAAGGGUCUCCAGCCAUCCUGGGAGAUGGGCCCCAAAUUUGCAACUCUUUCCUCUCCUUUAGGAAGGCGAUGACGGGAGGCAUGCCCUUCACAGACAGAGCACAUCAGCAGACCCUGCGAAAGCGGAAUUUUCUAACAAAAUAAACUUGCUUGUUUGGUCUGUUUUCUGUAACUUUUGCUAAAUACUUUAUACAUUUUUUGAUGUUAAAAAGCUGUGUCUCCUGCCAGCAUUCCUUACCCCCCCCAACCCCCCCACCCCUGUAUGAAUGUGUUUACUUCCCAUUGUAUAUCCUUCCAUCCUCUGGCUGCCUAGAUCAGUAA